AUGUCGCCCAAUGACUCUGGCAACGAGCAUGGGAUUUUCCCACCGCGGAGCCAGCCUGCUCCGCCCUCCACGGCUCCCACUGCGUCUCCGUCAUCCCGUUUCACCUCUCUCUCGCCCUACCCGCGGCCCAUCGGCGACCAUCACUCGCUGGAACAGACAUCGUUUGGGAGUUCUCCUGCUUCGGCGAAUUUCCAGGGUCCUCUCAGUGAGUCGUGGCCAGGUCAGUUCCAGCAAUCAGACAAGUUUCAGCAGUCACGCGAGUUUCAACAGUCAGCGUCGUUGCCAGGAUAUGAGGCGGUAGGUCAUGCUCCAGCUCACCUUGUCGGCGAUGCUCAUAUCUCCGGCAACGGUCGUCCAGCUCACCACGCUCCUCAAGCUCCAACAACAGUCGAACAAAAACCGCGGCUUCAACUGCUCGGCUCCGGAGUGUCCAUCACUGAGGGCGGCGAGGGAGUCAUUCCCCAGGAGGCUCUAUUUAUCGGCGACCCGGGAUUCGAACCGUUCCGAGGAGUCGUAGUCAAGCCCAACAACCCGGGGGACGACAACCAUCCCUGGGGUGCCAAGUAUUCCGACCAUGGGUUUGAGCGCCCCGGAGGCGAAAUUGGAAACUGCGUGACCGGGUAUCCUCUGGCGCGUUUCCGACAACAACUUCAGGGAUCGGAACUGCUGGAACAGGUGUCUCAGGCGGUUCGAGAGGUUCCCCGAAGCGCACAGGAGACCGUCUCCAACACGACAAAUCUGCCCACCGCCGCCGCCAGCGAGGCAAUUCCACGCACGAUGUUUGAAGGUCCCCAGUUUCCCCAGGCUCCGGGUGAGUCGCGUCUGCUGCUUCCUUAUGAGUAUCAACGUGGGGUCCAGAGUGGGAUUAAGAGUGGAGUUCUGGACGGGGUUCCUGUCCACGGGGUUCAGAAUGGAGUUCCUGUUCAUGGGAUCCCGAUCGGUGCUUCCCCUGCUCAUCCUCUUCCUCCUGGUCUUCCUCCUGGACUUCUCCCUCCUCUCACCCACCCACUACAGCAUUUUCCACUACAGCCCCUUGCCCCACAUCAUCUCCCUCCACAGCAUAUUCCUCAAUUGCAUCUCUCUCAACAGCAUCUCCCCCUACAACCGCCCUUUCCUCCCCACUCGUAUUACCACUACGGCCCUCCCCACCCCAUGGAGUUCCAACCGCAUCAAGUCUCCCAACACAAACCGCCGGUGCGGCCCAUCACCCCCGAUCCUCCCAUCCUGGUUCUCGAAACGCAGUAUGGAUGUUUAGUAGAAGGACCUUUUUCCGACGGCGGCUGUUUUGGUCUGAAGAAGAAAAUUGCCAAUCCGCCGGUGCCGUUUGAGACGCCGGUGCUCAAGGACGACGAUUCGGCCAUUCCCGCCGAGACUCUUCUCAAGUGA